ACAAUAUCAACAAAGAGUGCAUUUUAAUUUUCGCCGGACUUUUAUGUUUGAAUUAUUCUAACAUGUUCAUUGAUUUGUUUAAUUGUACGGAUAUUAGUGAUUGUAUGUUUAUGAUAAUGUGAAUGCCAAUGGUUUUUGAAGCAUUUUUACUUUAUAAAUACGAGUUAUACACCAGUUUGAGUGUUAGCUAACCGGUUAAGCCUUUAGAUGAAGUGAGGUCAUAGUUCGAGGUGUUUCUUUUUGACAAGGCGGGCUAACAUUGAGAUAGUCUCAUGUGACAAGUUCAGACUUCAUAUUGGUAAUCUGAGGCAGUCUGUAGGAGGUAGAAGUCAACCAUGUCCACGGGAGACAAGGAAGCUUUUAUUGUGAAGUUUGUGGAGGGUAAAGGACCAAAAAAUGAGUACGCUGUCAAAGCUUACGAGGCUAUUUUGGAGCUGCAGUCUGAGAAGCAUUUGAAAACCAUCAAAGAGGAAGAUGUUUUACAGAUGGACAAGAAGGACAAGGCUCUGUUUGUCUUCAGCAGCUUCACGUCUCCUGCGUUCCUACACUGCAAGAAGCUUUGCUGCAGAGUUGUGAGUCCGCUGGUGGUGUUGUACUGCCUGCAACAUCAACGCUGUGUCCCCAAAGCGGAGAAGCCCGUCUACAACAUGGCCAUGGCUGACGUCACUAUUUCCUGCACCAGCCUGGACAAAGCAACACGGGCAGAGAUAAUGGACCUGGUGCAACUCAUGGGAGGACGGGUCUACCUUGAUCUAAAUGUGUCCGUCACACACCUGAUUGCAGGAGAGGUGGGCAGCAAGAAGUACCUGGUCGCUGCCAGUUUGAGUAAACCUAUUCUACUGCCCUCAUGGGUCAGAGCAUGCUGGGAAAAAUCACAGGACAGUCUUUUCAGGUAUACAGAUCUGCCCACGGAGGAAUAUCUGUGCCCUGUGCUGCGUGGCUGUACUGUUUGUGUCACAGGCCUCUCCAGAACGGAGCGCAAAGAGGUGGAGCGGCUUUGUGAGGAGCAUGGGGGCAACUACAGCGGUCAGCUCAGAAUGAAUGAGUGCACACACCUCAUUGUUAGUGAUCCGACAGGUCAGAAAUAUGAGUGUGCUCGGAGUUGGAAUGUGUAUUGCGUGUCUCUGCACUGGCUGUUCGACAGUAUAGAGAAGGGCUUCUGUCAAGACGAGAGCAGAUACAUCGUGGAACGCAAUGGGUCGAAAACCACUCGACCUCAUACGUCCACUCCCACUGGCACCAGCAAGAAGGAGGAGGGUCCAUCUCUUUUGGGCUUGAGCCACAUUUCUGUCAACGCCAGCAUGACCAUAAACGACACAGCCCUCACCACCACCACCAGCGCCAUCAGCCGCCUGGAAGCUCCAGACCCCAUAGACAGCCUGGAUCUCACCGUGUGCCCCGCUGAUGAUAUAUUGGACGGCUGUAAACUGUAUCUGUGUGGCGUGUCGGGGAAGAGGCUGGAGAAGCUGCGGCGUCUUGUGAAUGCCGCAGGAGGUCUGCGCUUCAACCAGCUCAGUGAGGAACUUACGCAUGUGGUUAUGGGACAGCUGGACGAGGAACUGAAGAACUUUCUCUCCAAAGCCACUCACAGGCCACAUGUAGUAACAGUCCAGUGGUUGAUAGACAGCUUCUCCAAAGGCAGCCUGCUCCCAGAAUCAGGAUACCUCCACCCCGACUGUCUGCCUCCUGCUCCGGUGACUGUUUCUGUGCCAGCUCAUCACGUACCCACCUCCUCACCGUCGGCCGGUCCACCUGUCGCCAGUCCCAGCACUCCCACGCACAAGAGGGCAGACGAGGACCUUCUCUCACAGUACAUGGAUGACGAUCCUACAGUCAUCGAUAUGCCGCCGCCGCCACAUCCAGCAGCCGAGGGGAACAGCAGGAGGUCCGUCAGCACCGCAGCAGGGGCCCCACCAGAACCCUGCGCAGCAAACCGAACCACAGAACCUCAGCCAGACGCGUCUCUGCAGGAAGCCAGUGAGGCGGGGCUGUUUUUCGGGAAGUGUUUCCUCCUCGUUGGUUUCGGCGGCGAGGCCGAGGCUCAGCUCUCUGCGCUGGUGACAGAGCACAGAGGCAGGUUGCUGAUGGGCCGCACACGGGUUGUGGCGGACUAUGCCGUCGUCCCGUUGCUGGGCUGCUCGGUGGAGGCCACGGUGGACGAAGUGGUCACCGAUACCUGGCUGGCCAUGUGUGUAGAGAAGCAGUGUCUUCUGGAGCUGUCUUCCAGCCCUCUGUUCACGCCAGUUCCUGUGAUGGAUGGACGUUUUCCUCUCAAAGAUUGCGUCCUCUCGGUUAGCCAGUUCACAGGGGCAGAGAGGGAGUCUUUGGUGGAGCUGGCCAAGCACAUUGGAGCCAAUGUCCAGGAUUACUUUGUGCGCCUGGCCAACCAGAAGAAAGGCAUGCUGGUCAGCACUCAUCUGGUGGUAAAAACCCCCGAGGGCACAAAGUACCAGGCAGCGAAGAAGUGGGGUUUCCCUGCCGUUACCAUGCGCUGGAUACUGGAGUCUGCUCGAACCGGCCAGAGGGCUGACGAGGAGAGGUUUUCAGUCGACCGGCCACCCUCGCCAGAGAAGGACGAAGAGAGUUUCGUCGGCGGCUCCCAGAAACCGGCCAUGCCUCCACCGGCUCGCCUGUCUCCAGACAUCCCGCUGCUCGGCGUCCAGAGCGGCAAAGCUGUCACGCCGCUGGAUCUGGGUCGCUUUCAAAGCAAAAUGUUUCACUCUGUGUUGAACAAGAUGAAACCCAAAGAGGACCUCAGCACCCCCAAGCAAAACAAGGAGGACGGCAGAAAGAAUCCACUUCAGAAGGAGCAGGCCCUGCAGCUGGAUACUCCUUCUCGAUUCCUCAGUAGAGAUCAUCUCUUCAGGCCUUCGUUUAACGUCAAGGAUGCACUUGGAGCUUUGGAUACUCCGGGUGGGAGAUUGAAGCCAGGAGAGAAGGUGGAGACUCCACUAACUGACGUCAUCAACAGGAACCUGAAGGUGGCUCUGGCUAAUAGCACCCGCGCUAACGUCUCAGACAUGCAGGCAGCCUCCGCUAGCCCCCAGUUUACAAAGACAACUGAGAAGGAGGUUCCAGAGAAAGAUCCGGGUCCUCUGACUGGUGUUGUGAUCUGUGUGGGGAAGAAACUGAGCAAAAUGCAGAGCGAGCUGAACGCCGUAGCUGCCUCACUUGGAGCCGACUUCAGGUGGGCGUGUGAUGACACGGUGACACACUACAUCUACCAAGGCCGAGUCGGGGACAACACUAAAGAAUACAAAGCAGUGAAGGACAGAGGACUGCAUGUGGUCUCCCAGCACUGGCUGCACGCUUGUGCUGAGGAGCAGAAGCACGUCCCCGAGUCUAUGUACCCUUUCAACUACAACCCCAAGAUGAGCCUCACCCUGAGCCAGGUCCCCAGCAGCUCUCAGAGGUCUCCUCCUCUGACGCGAACUCAGCUCAGAGAAGUCUCUGAAGGAAAGGGCAACAAGUCUGAGCUCAACGUGACAGAAGAAGCUACAAACCUACGUCGUGUAAGCGAUGGCAGCGUGGACCAUGAAGAGAUGAACGACAGUACGGAAAGAGGCGAGACUCUAGAAAUGAGAGAAAACCUGCAACGACAGCUGCAGGAGAUCAUGUCAGCCACCAAACUGACAACAGGAAGGAGGAGCUCAAUCAGACUGGCGAGGUUGGGAUCAGGAGGAGCCGACUCGGGACCACACACACCUGAAGGGAGCCGAGUCGGACGAAGUGGUAACAGACGAACUCUGGAAGCUCUGAGGGUGUCCAGGGAAGCAGCUAUGGACGUGAACACGGAGCCGUCUCAGAGUGAGCAGAUAGUUUGGGACGACCCCACGGCCAGAGAGGAGAGGGCCAAGCUGGCCGAUAACUUCCAGUGGCCUGGAAGCCCCUCCCAGCACUCGGAGCCCCUCGCACAUCCGCCCCCCCACACCAGAGACAACGGACCUCAGUUCAGGGACUCGAUGACGGACUCUGAGCUGGUGGAGAUGGCUGCCUGUGACGUCAUUGACCAGCAGAUGGGUCAGAAGAUCCUGACGCCUCCAUCGGAGGAGUCGGAAAAAGACAUCCUCACGCCUAAAGCUCCCAGCAUCGCCUUCCCUCUCGCCAAUCCCCCGGUGGCACCGGAGCCCCAGGAGGAGAAGGAGGAAGAGAAACAUCCGCCCAGAUUUCAGCUGUCCUCCCUCAGCCCCCAGGAGCGCAUCGAUUACAGUCACCUCAUAGAGGAGCUCGGUGGUGUGGUUUUGGACAAGCAGUCCUUUGACCCCAGCUGCUCCCACAUCAUCGUGGGGACUCCGCUGCGUAACGAGAAGUAUUUGGCAGCGAUGGCCGCCGGGAAAUGGAUCCUGCACCGCUCGUACCUGGAGGCGUGUCGCUGCGCAAGUCACUUCAUUCAGGAGGACGAGUUUGAGUGGGGCAGUGGCUCCAUCUUGGAUGCGUUGCCGUCCAUCACCUCCCAACAGAAGAGGCUGGCGUUAGCCGCCAUGCGCUGGAGGAAAAGCCUGCAGAGACGCUCCGCACCAGAGGGAGCGUUCAGCGGAUGGAUCGUCCUGCUGAACAUCGACCAGAGCAGAGAAUCGGGCUUCAGGCGGUUGCUGCAAUCCGGCGGGGCAAAGGUCCUGCCCAGUCCCUCUCCAUCCUUAUACAAAGAGGCCACCCACCUGUUCGCAGACUUCAGCAGACUAAAGCCUGGAGACUUCAGAGUCAACGUAUCGGAGGCCACCUCACAGGGAGUCACAUGCUUGAAGCCAGAGUACAUUGCAGACUACCUCAUGCAGGAGCCGGCUCCGUCUAUCGAGCUGUACCAGCUGACUGAAGCUCCCUCAGAGGAAGCUCCGGGUACGCCGUCUCGUAAACGUAAAGCACCCGCAGACGCCUCCAAGCUGAAAAAGAGCCGCCUGAACUGAAACUCCUCCUAUAUAUACGGUUGGCGUUAUUCUCAACUCUGUGAAAAUGAUUGUAAAUAAGAUGCAUUUUUAUGUCUUGUAUGAAAAUAAAAUAAAUGUAGUACUUGU